AUGUCUGGUUCUACACCAAGCUCAACAGAUGACGACCUACUCGUCCGCCUCAACGCGCUCAAGAAAUCCAGCGUAAGCCUCGAGACGACCUACAACCCCUCAGAGGCUUUCUCAACUUCUCCAACGCCCACAGACGACCUCGCAGCCCGCUUUGCGCGCCUAGGCUCGGCAUCAGCCUCGAGCUCUCCGCAGCCCUCGCGAACAGCAUCCGCCGCACCGAUCGUAGCGCCAGGUGCUCCGAGCUAUCUAGAGGGCAUAGCAGACGGUAUCGGAGGUGGGAAUGUGGAGUUCAAUGAAGAGGACGAGAAGAGCCUUGAAGAUUUGCUCGCAGAGCUGAAUGGCGCUGUAGGCGAGAAGAAGGACUGGGAUGUCUCGAAGAAGGAGCAAGAAGAUGUUGGGAAGCUUCUGAAGGAUAUGAGAAGAAUAUUGCCUGAAGUAGUGAACACUAGGACCCCAAAUCCAAAUAAUAGAACUGGGCAAAGCGGUCCAGGCCAACAAGAGGGGCUCACGGAUUGGGAGAAUAUUGAAGUCAGCGUUGGGAGUGGAGGUGUGGACGUAGGUCGAGAGGACACAGCAGAUCAAGGCGAAGAUGAAGAUGAUGGCCAAAAGAAGACCGAGGAAGACGAAGCAGAUGAUGUGAUUGCAAGGGUCAUGGCGGAGCUCGAGAUAAGCAAGAAAUAUGACACUCCCUCUCCUCCACCACCACCAGAAGACUAUGACUCAGACUCGGGUGAUCAGAAGAAUAAGACAGAAGGGAAUUCUACAGGAGAAGGCUUCACGCUUCCGUCUGCACCAACCUCACUCCCGGAAGACGACUUCGACCGCUCACAAGCCAUUGAGGAUGCGUUUACAGCACGUUUAGCCGCGCUCUCCGCUCCAUCACCAUCGCAAACGGACUCCCUAGGUCUUCCGUCUGCCCCAUCCUUCUCACCGCAGAAGAAGCCACCUGUCUCGUCUAACCUACAAGCGCGUAUUGACGACGAGGUCGAUACAUGGUGUGUAAUCUGCCAAGAUGAUGCCACCUUGAGGUGUCUGGGCUGUGAUAGCGAUCUAUAUUGUCAGAAUUGCUGGAUGGAGGGGCAUCGUGGCGAGUCUGCUGGGUUCGAAGAAAGGAGACAUAAGGCGGUGCUCUAUUCAAAAAAGAAAAAGCAGGCUGCCACAUAA